GCGAUGGGAUUGUGCGCCGUCGUAGCCCUGCUGAUCGUCGGUGAGCGCUGAAGCUAACGGUCUCCAAAGUGUUUUUUCUCCAGCCUCCCCUGUAGCUGCUUGGCUCUGUUCUGAUGGGCCGCUCCGCCCUGCAAGUGUUAACUUCUGUUAACAAUUGGACUCGUUAAUGAGCAUCUGUGCUAUUUUGGUGUAUGAGGUUUCGUGUAAACCUUCCCAGGGUCGACUGGAUCAGUCUGCCACACUGCUGUGGAAUCACUGGACUUAGGAUGCCUCCUGCGGUGGGAUUGUCCCCAUGUCAGUCCUAAUACCACCUUUACCGUGCAGACAAAGACUCAGGGGGACCCCUGGCAGGACGUGCCGUGGUGCGUCUGGCUCUCGUCCCACACCUGUGACGUCUCGCACGCCUUCUCCAACUUCGAGCUGUACAACAUGGUCCGCGUGGGCGUCCACCUCAGCCCCGUCUCCACUGCCUGGAUGAGGCCGCGCAAGUUUGACUACAGUGACUUCACCUUCAGUCCUCCCUCCAUCUCGGCCUCUUUGAGCGACGACCAGCUACUGGUGACGGUGCAGUUCCCCUGUGCGGCCAGCAGGAGGUGCUCUCUGGGGGGUUGCUGUCCCAUCUCUGAGAUGAUUGACCCCUGGACCACAGUAACCGUGUACAACAAGCUCAACCAAUCCGAGUACCAGGUCCGACAUGCUCUCGUGUUGGUCGAUGUAUUAUACGUACAUGAGAAAUAAUACCCUGAAAAUAAUCUGAUUCAGAGUCAGAGCUCCUGCUCUCGUGUGACAGUAAAACUGGAGAACAUUCAGUAUUUCCAUCCAGAUGAAAACGCUGUAAACUGUAACAAUGGCGAGUGCUGGUGUGAUCCCGCAGAGCCGCACGGUCUGGACCCAGGAGCUGGUGUCCCGUGUGGAGUUCUCCGGUUUGGCUCCGGGUCAGAACUACUGUGCUGUGGCCAACUUCUCCUUCCCCACCUUCUCCAUGGCUGCUUCCCCAAAAUCGGCCCCUCAGUGUGUGCAGACUCUGUCCAAAUCAGGUUUUCUCCUGCUGCCUGCCUUGUUUCUGGGAAUCGGACUGACGUCUCUGCUGCUUUUUCCGCUCCUCACUGUGUUCCUGAUUAGACCAAGAGGCCCUGCAGAAACCACUGAAAACCAACCCAAGAUCCCUGCGGCCGUUCGCGACCCAGCGCCUCUGCUCCCCGUCGACCCAUGUGACGUCCACCUGGAGUUUGCGGACGACAGAAUCCCCGCGGAACCCUCCCCGGACCAAGACCAGACCUCGGCGCACGCGGGGGACCCCCUGCGCCGCGACCCCGGCUCGGCCGCCUCGUACUGCGACAGCGGGGGGGUGAGGCUCGACCUCCAGCAAGGACCCGACCCCCGCAAUCGGCAUCCCGUUUCUCUUCUAAACACACAUUUUGGGGCAAAUGGAGACUGAAAAAUACUAAAAAGCCCCGAAGAGGCCGUUCAGCACUUGACCUCCGACCUUCAUUCCGUGACGGCAUUUAAGAUGGGAAAGGUCACGACCCGAUCAUCGAAUUCCCCUUUCAGAGCCGCGAGAGGUUCUGUUUCAAACGUAUCAGCACAUUCCUCUCGCUGUGAGUCAGAGGAUCAACUGAGAAUCCCCAAUGAAGCAGAAAUAGUUUAUUGUCGUUUAAAGGUCCAAACGGAGCCGUUUUUCUGUGUGUGUGUACAAAUGAGUCGGUGAAAGAUCUAAAUCUGGUUGCGGUUCCUCCUGUGCUGCCUUUUGGUGCUGAGGUCCAGUGACUCUCAAUUGGCCCGUCCAAGGCCGUAAGCUGCAGAAACAAGAGCGCCUGACACCCCCCAAGAAGCCUCCCCCCCCCCACCCACAAGGUGAUAACCGAGGGUAGUUUUUCAUUGGUCUUUCUGACUCACAGUUGCCCCCCCCACCCCCCCCUUCUGAGUUUCGUAGCCCGUGACAGACGCCCCGUC